AUGGCUGCAACGAAACUUUUCUGGCCCAAACCUGGCCGUCAAUUGAUGGUAUCAGUACGUUUUUGUAGCGCCACUUCUUGGAGCAAGAAACCGCCGUUACUGGACUGGCCAAGAAAGGACCGUGGUAUAGUGCCAAAAUUGUUCGAUCUGGAAGUGUACUGGAAGGAUGUAGCGCAGAGGCAACCUCCUCGUGAUGUUACCAGCUUCAAAAGAUACAGACCAAUGCUAAAUGGUUACGACGUGAUUCAUCCAAUUGGUUGGGAUGCAUUUGGUCUGCCAGCUGAGAAUGCUGCCUGGGAAGUGGGAGCUGACCCUGCCCAGUGGACUGCAAGCAAUAUCGAAGUUAUGCGCAAACAGCUACGAAGUACAGGGAUCAUAUUUGACUGGGACCGGGUAAGUGGUACCGGAAUUUCGUCUAAUCGACAUUGA